UAAACAACAGAACUGUAAUAACAUCACACUGAUUAUGAUAAAUGGCGGCGUGCGAGACGCCAUUGUUUUUGGCACGCCCACUCCUGUCGUCCUCCAGCUCUGUCCCGUGAUAGCGAUUGUAACGUUGCGAAACAGCCGUUAGCGUAUCCGUCUCUGUUUGUAGAAAGCCAUGGUAUUUAGCCAACGUUAGUGAAAAGAUAAACACUUCAUCUACACAACUACCAAAGAUGUUGUCUCGUCUACUGAAGGAGCACCAGGCGAAGCAAAAUGAGCGGAAGGAGCAGCAGGAGAGACGCAGACGUGAAGCUAUUUCCGCCGCCACCUGUCUGACAGAAGCUCUGGUGGACCACCUCAAUGUCGGAGUUGCCCAGGCAUACGUAAACCAGCGUAAGCUCGAUCAUGAGGUGAAGACUCUCCAAGUGCAGGCGAGCCAGUUCUCUAAACAAACUGCCCAGUGGAUCAGUAUGGUUGAGGGUUUUAAUCAGGCCCUAAAGGAAAUUGGGGAUGUGGAGAACUGGGCCCGCAGUAUUGAGAUGGACAUGAGGACCAUUUCCACAGCUCUGGAGUACGUACACAAGGGACAACUGCAGUCUGCCGCCUCAUAAGCCUCAUGGUGGAACGUUUACAGCUGAAUCUAAACACACUGGAAUGAAACACGAGUAUCAGCGAAGAUGCAAGCAGCAAUGACUUCGCUCGGUGUAGUAAUGCUGAUGGUUGUUUUGUUCAGUAAAAUGCUGAAAGUUUGAAAUCGGCCAUGAAUCUGUUUAGUGGCGACUCGAAUCGAUCAAUAACAUUCAGGCAAUCUGUGAUUGAUCAAUGUGCUCUGUCAGUCUUGAUUUUUUGAAGGUGACACUUAUAACAUCUAGGUUCACCUGCUUGUCACAUUUUUUCAGUUGCUAAAACACACUUUCUGAAGCUAAGGCCCACUUUGUCAUAACUAACCAUGCAAACACAGAAAACAUAAAUACUUUGAACAUCACUGUAUUUGAUAAUAAAUGGUAUUUCAAUGGCAUUGUUUAGCAAACAACACACAGGCUUUUAGUUUUUGUAAGAUUUGUCUGUAAUGUAAUUUGAAACUUCAGUGUAAAGUAGACUGUGCUUAUUAUUUAGCAUACCUUGUUUUAAUAAUUUGCCGACAUUUAAAUAAUUAUGACCAAGAACAGUUUUUGUGUCUUGGUAAUUGCAAAAAACAGAAUAUGCUUCACGGGUCACCGAGGCAUUACCUCGCUUGUCUGUAGUAUCUCCUAAAAGUGUUGUUUAGGAAGGUUUCUUAUCAGCACCUGAUACUUGAAGUGUGUGUAUAUUUUAAUGUAUUAUACAGCUUAUGUCCAGGGAUUCACUCUUCUUGUCGGACAACUUUCUUUGUUUUAAUAAAGUAAAGCAAUGGUG